AUGGCGACAGGAAUGCAGGAAGUGCUUUGGUCAGACACGUCGAAGAACCCGACGUGCGACGACCAAAGUGACGGCAGUUUGUCCUACCGAAGCUGUGCCAGUGCUUCUAGCAGUGUACUGGAAGGAGGUGCAUUGAGUGCAGUUUCAGAUGGGGAGGAGUGUCCACAGGCUGCAGCAGUGAUUACAGAAAAGGAGAUGCAGGACGUUAUCGCAGAACUGCAGGAGAAGUGGGGCGAGUGCUGUGGCCUCUAUGUACACGGCUCCACAAUAUUCGCCAACCAGCCGCCGCACGACCUGGACUUGAUUGCAGUCAUCGACCAUGCGAAGCAAGAGGUGCCCCAGGACUCGCCAGACUCGCAGUUCACCCUGGGCCGGUGUGAGGUGUCCGUGUAUGAGCGUCGAUGCUUCUUUGAGAAGCUGCAUGCCAUGGACCUGACGAUGCUGACCUGUCUUUCCACCCCAAAGCGCUUUGUUCUGAAAGAGCUCCAGGAUGAGCGCCUUCGAAGCUUCAAGCUGGACCUGCAACUGCUGGAGGAGUCGGUCACCUCCUACGCAGAAUAUACCUGGCUGAAGGCCCAGCGUGUCUUGAACGACUGGAAGGAUCCCUACAAGUCGAGCAAGAACGCCUACUUCGUCUUUCGCGUGCUGGGGUUCGGCUGCCAGCUUGCGGAUCAUGGGCGCAUUGUGGAUCUCAAGGCCGCGAACCAUAUGUGGGACGUCAUCAAGGAGCUCUACCAGGUACUGAACAUCCAGCCGCAGGAGGAGGACGUCAUCGAGGCCGUCCUGGCCAGGCACUUCAAGGCUUCCGUGGCUCGAUUCGAGGCCAAGGUGGAGGCGGCGCGCCAGCGCGCGGAGCGUGCGGAGCGGCUCGGAGGCGUCCAGGACGCGCGAGUGUCGGCGGCAGAAGAGAAGGUAGAGACGGCGGAUGUCUCGGAAAGGUCGGCACCAAACUGGGACACCUGCGUCGUUUGCCUUGAGCCUACCAGCGGGUGUGGAAAGAAAGAGUUGAACCAACUGUUGCAAUCUCCAAGUGAUGGCAACGUGGCAGAAACAUGGGUGCAGCUGGUGAACUGUCGGCACUGUUUCCACACAGCCUGCAUCGCUGAUGCUGUCCGGGCCAGCCUCAAAGCCGACCGAGCUCUGCGACACGCAGCCUGCCCCGUCUGCAGGGCCUCGGUUGUCUUCGACUUCCAGGCGAGGUCCGCUUUGAGCCGACGGCGGAGGAAGCGGCGUAUGUCCUUCGCGGGGUACCCGGCCACGAUCAGAAAUCCGGAAAACCGGCAGCGCCAUGGUCGUCAAGGCCGCGAUGACCGCAAUGACCGUGAUGAUCGUGAUCACGAGCGGGUGAACACAGCAGCCCUUCCGCUAAGGAACCGAGCAUAUCAAGCCCGGCGGGUAUGA